AUGGCACAUGGGCGCAAUCUCAUGGCCUUGAUGGUCAAAAACAAGUUAGGGCUGGUUGAUGGAACAAUCACGAAGCCAACUGAUGCACAGGUUGAAGAAUUACAGCAAUGGAACAGGUGCAAUAAUCUGGUGAAAACAUGGCUGCUCGGUUCCAUGUUAAAAGAAAUCUCAGGAAGUGUCAUACACUGCAAUGACGCACGGCAGAUGUGGCUUGACCUGCAAGAAAAGUUCUCUCAUGUGAACAUCGUUCAACUGUUUCACAUAGAAAACGAAAUUCAUAAUUGUGUGCAAAGCAACAUGACGGUGAGUUCUUAUUUCACCAAACUCAAAAGCCUUUGGGAUAAACGUGAUGCCUUAUGUUCAAUCCUGACAUGCCAUUGUGAAGCGAGGAAUGAGAUAACAUCAUAUGUUGAGACUCAGAAAACAAUGAAGUGCCUUAUGGGUUUAAGUGACUCAUAUGCUACGGUUCGUAACAACACCCUCUUGCUGGAUCCAUUGCCAACUGUUAACAAAGCUUAUGCGCUUGUUCUUCGUCAUGAAAAACAAGUCGAAGUGUCAAAUGGAAAGAGCAGCACCAUGCAACCUGAAGUUGCCGUGUUUACAGUGAAAGGUGCUGGUCGAGAACCCGAGACAGAAGAUAGUAGUCAGCGAUGCGCCAAAUGCAACAAGACCAACCAUAGCACCAAGAAUUGUCGUGCUCAUCUCAAGUGCACAUUUUGUGGUUGGAAGGGACACACUUUUGACUUUUGCCUCAAACGAAAAGCAGCGGCUGAAACUGACCAAAGUCGGCCUUCCAAGGGCAACCAAGUCACGACAUGUGACAAGAAUGACACAAUGCCCAACUUCCAUUUUUUCUCCGGAGGACUGCAAGCAGAUUCUUCAGCUUUUGAACAAGAGCAAAUCCUCAUUUGCUAA